AUGAUUGAAUUGUCAACUAGUCCAAAAGCUCGUUUAAUGGCAUUAUUAGAAUAUUCACGGCCAAUUGGUACUGAUAAACGUAAAAGAGCUUUUGUUGUUAAUAAAAAGAUUGAAGUAGAUUCAGAAACAGAACGUAUGCGUAAGGAACAACAAGCAAAUGCUGUUAGAGAAGAAAGAAAAAUGAUUUUGAAAAGAAAAAUGAAGGAUGCAAUGAAUAGAGAAGGGCGUAAAAGCGGAAUGAGACCGGCAACUUCUUAUUUGAUACCUCCGAACACUGCAGGAAGGAAGGAUAUGUGAAACUAAUAAAUUUAUGAAAACUAAAACGUGAAAAGACAAUUUGGAAAAUAUAUUAACAUUUAAUGGCAGACCAACAAAAAAAUUUUUUCCAAAAAUGUCUCCAUUC